AUGAAUCCUACAACUUUUCCCAACGAGCGGACUUUCCACUACAGCGAGAGCUUGAGUGGCCAAGAGAUGCGUCUUAUAGAAAUUAUCAAGCCUGGCUCCCUUAAUUCGCCCGAUUCUGAUCCCCUCAAACUGCGCAUUUUCAAAGCCCCGAUGCCUAGAUCGAACGAAGCUGAAGACACGGAAGAAGAAUCUUUUACUCCCAGAUAUCUUGCGUUGUCCUAUACGUGGGGUCCUCCGCAACCAUCGCAUACUAUCAGCAUCAACAAUGCUCCUUUCAAGAUCGGACAAUCGCUUUUUGAAGCAUUAUCGCAACUUAGAUCAAACAUCGACCUUCCAAUUUGGAUUGAUGCUAUUUGCAUCGACCAAAUGAAUACUGCAGAACAAGGUCCACAGCUUGAAAAGAUGUACGACAUUUACAGCCAUGCUGAAAGAACCAUCAUCUGGCUUGGAAACGGAAAAUCAUCGACCCCAGCUCUUUUCGAACACCUGGAGCGACUAGGGAACGACGCAAUAACGGCAGGAAUAUGGGAUCUCCAAGAGCGUGAUUUCAAAAUGUGGUAUGAGCGUGGAGAUCCACGAACAGCUGAAAUCAAGUCUAAAUUAGAAAAUCUCAUGAUAUCCAGUAGAAAUGCUGACCCGCCGUUUCCACUGGAUUCGCUUUUCCACUUAUCUCAUGAAGUACCAUGGUUUAGAAGGGUGUGGAUAUUACAGGAGCUUUCAGCUGCUAAGGAUUACGAGUUUAUGUAUGGUUCCUCCACGAUACCGGGAGAUUCUUUCAUUGCUGGCUACUUCUUUGUAACCAUAUGGGAGGGGAUUGAGUUGCAAUCGAUGACUGGAAAUGGACCGUUACCUCAGAACGGGUUAUCCUUCGCUCAGAUCAUUUUUCAGCGGCUCAUGAGAAAGGAUGAGAAUGGGAACGAAUUACCAAUAUCUUUGAGCUCACGUGCCGCUACAACACUUGGAACCCGACGAAGACACCAUAGGAAAGGUGGAUUGACGUUGACGGGACACUUGAACCGAGCUUUUACUCUUACUUCGGAUGCUGCGAUUGGCGCCACCAUGGAAAAGGAUCGUAUCUACGGUAUACUUGGUCUUGCAAGCGAUAAAGAAACCUUGGGCAUACAAUACGAUUGUCGUUCAGAGACGACGUUCCAGGAAGUAUACACUGACGUCGCUAAGAAACUGGCAAUGAAUGGGAAUCUAGACAUCCUUAUGUUGUGUCGUGCAGGGUUCAGUAGAGAAUAUCCAUACGACCAGACGACUAGAGACCCAAAUUUACCUUCUUGGGCACCGGACUGGAGUAAACCAAUUAGAAGACCCUGGGGAGGUGCAAAAGAGGAUUCUUUAUUCCGAGCCGGUGGAAAGGAGUUUGCUUUAGAUCGGCACCUGAAUGAAGACGAUGCACAAGCUCUGAUCAUUGAGACCAGAGUGGUAGAAAUAGUCACGGAAGUCGGUACGAUCUGGACUCCACAGUGGGAAAAACCUUUGACAAUGGAGCUGCCAAAACCCUCUUUUCUGAACUUGAGAGCUUUCUAUCGAAAAGUGGAGAUCGUUAUACUGCUCAACAGCGGGAAGAUGCAAAAUGGCGCAUUCCAAUCGGAGACCAGCAAUUCGACUCCCUUGGUAUGGCACAGCGUGCUACACAAGUUUCAUCCGUCGGCUAUCAAAAUCUAA